GAAGGGUCCUAGUCAACCUUUAACAUAUGCACGACAAUUUGUCUCCAUCUUAAUCUAUUUAUUGCAGACUGUAAUCUGCAACUCCAAAAAGCAUGUACUUUUCCACUGUUCUAAUAGCUAUUUUUAUCAUAUUAGACGUUUUUUCUUACUUUCUAAAGAAACAUCACCAGGAAGAUGAUGAUGGUGACCAGAAGAAUACACCCCAAUCAUUGUCAUCGGGUCAACGAUAUGUACAAGAAGCAGAUAACUGCGGGAGGAAAUGUUCAUCUGACACACAAUGUCGCCGUUUUUCACUUGCAGAAAUCAAACUGGCAACUAAUGAUUUUGAUGAGGGAUAUGUCAUAGGAAAGGGCGGUUUUGGGAAUGUAUACAAAGGUAAAAUUGGCUUCGGGGAAGGAAUUGAUGUUGCCAUCAAGAGGUCACAUUUUGAUUCCUAUCAAGCGGGGGCUGAGUUCUGGGCAGAAAUUGAGAUGCUUUCCAAGUUUUGUCAUAGCCAUAUUGUCUCUCUACUAGGAUAUUGUGAAGAACCACGUGAGCGAGAGAUGAUUCUUGUUUAUGAAUACCUGCCUAAUGGAAGUCUCGCGGAUCGUUUGCACAAAAGAAGAGCAGACGGAAGCAAUUAUUCUCCACUGACUUGGGUUCAGAGGCUACAUAUUUGCAUAGGUGCUGCUCGUGGUUUAGACUAUCUCCAUACGGGUACCAGUGUUCAAUUUAGAGUCAUACACCGUGAUGUCAAGAGCUCAAAUAUCUUGCUCGACGAUAAUUUGGCAUCUAAGAUUUCUGAUUUUGGGGUGUCCAGAACUAGUCCAGCAUACCUGUCAGGCACUACUACUAAUGUUUUUACCGGUCAGAUCAUAGGCACUUUUGGGUACAUGGAUGCCGAGUAUUUCUCAACUCAUAGACUGACACGUAAGUCUGACGUGUAUGCAUUCGGUGUGGUCUUAUUGGAAGUUUUAUGUGGAAGGCCUGCUCUGGAUUUUACAUUGGAAGAGCAGCAACACAGCCUGUCUGGAUGGGCCAAGCAAUGCAUUAGAGAAAGUAAAAUAAGUCGAAUUAUUGAUCCCUGUUUGAGGGGUCAGGUACCGGGUAAGUGUUUGAAGGAAUUUGGUCAAAUUGCAUAUGAGUGCCUUCAUCCAUGUGCAAAGGAUCGACCCACAAUGUCUAUGGUUCUGGCAAGGCUUGAGUUUGUGCUAGCUUGGACGAUGCGGAACAGGCAGAGUGCUAAUAAUCGGAAACACAUUAGAAGAGCUGUAUUAAUUGAGAAGGCAUGGUCAUUGUUUUCAAUUAAACCUUCAACCCGUAUGAGCUCUGAUACAAAGAAAUUUAGAGUAAGUGAUGAAAACAAAGUAAAAGGUGUCACAGUGGAACAAGAAGCUACCUCAAUGGUGGGAAGUGGCCGUGAUAAUGGUGGUGUUGACAAUACUUUUCAACAGGUGGUUCCACCAAGUGGGGAGACGAUCCUUAAAGAGUUCACAUUUUCUGAGCUACAAAGAGCCACAAAGAAUUUUGGGCAAGAAAUGUGCAUUGGAGAGGGUGGUUUUGGGAAGGUUUACAAAGGGUGGCUGGACAAUGCUACAUCGGAGCCACCGAAGAUUGGUGAUACUAUGAUGGUGGCCAUCAAAAAAUCCAAAGUUGACAGUGCUCAAGGUCUCAAAGAGUGGCAGGCGGAACUGAUGUUCUUGGGAUAUAUUAGCCACCCAAACAUUGUAAAACUCUUCGGAUAUUGCUGGGAAAAUUUGGAGUAUUUGCUCGUUUAUGAAUUUGUGCCAAAAGGAAGCUUAGAAAACCAUUUAUUCAGAAAAGGUGCAGAACCACUUCCAUGGCAUACAAGGAUUAAAAUAGCUAUUGGAGCAGCUCAAGGCUUGGCUUUCAUGCACACCAAAGAAAAUAAUGUCAUUUGUAGGGACGUGAAAUCAUCAAAUAUUUUGUUAGAUGGGGAUUUUAAUGCAAAACUCUCGGAUUUUGGACUAGCUAAAUCAGGUCCUGUCAAUGGAGAGUCUCAUGUCUCAACGUGCGUAGUUGGAACCUUUGGCUAUGCAGCUCCCGAGUACAUCGCUACAGGGCAUUUAUAUAUCAAGAGCGAUGUUUAUUCUUUUGGAGUGGUGAUGCUGGAAAUCAUAACAGGGUUACGAGUUUUAGACACUCGACGACAUGGCCUGAAGCAUAACUUGGUGGAUUGGGCAAAACCUAAUUUGUGUGAUAAAAAGGGAUUACAAAAAGUCAUCGACCCACGAUUGAAGCAAGCUUACCCUUCAGAAGGCGCUCGUAAAACUGCUGAGCUUAUCCUAGGCUGUCUUGAGUCAGAACCCAAGAACCGGCCUUCUAUGGAGGAAGUUGUGUCAGUUUUACAGGUUAUAAGUGCAAUCCAAAUGAAACCGGGGCAGUCAAAGGACAACACCAGCCAAUCGAGUAACUGGCAUCAUCAAAACUACCACUCUCCCCUUGGUACAAAGCAAGGUAGAGGAGCAUGGUCUACCAGCAGUUGGUUAUCAGGUUUAGGAGUACUCAUUGGUUCAAAGCAGGACCGAGCCCAGACAGAAACUAAUCAAACAAAAACCAAAAGAUGGAGAAAUUAAACUGAGAACCACAGAGAUGCAUCAUAAUUGGUCCAUUAAUAAAUUUUAGCAAUCAAUUUUCUUGCCUGAAUUUAUGUAAUAAAUUAUUAUGGCCCUUAUGUUUGUAUAAUACACAAUUUAUGAAUCUUAGUACUCAUGAACAGAUGAUACCAUACAGAA